CCCCUUACCCGACCACAUAAUUUAAGCUUUCGGAAUUUACGAUGGCGGUCUAUCUCUACUUAAAGCCGAGCCUGCCCUGAUUCCGGAUCCAGGAGAGAAGCCCAAUAAAUACCUCAUCGCCUCUCUUUUCGUCCCUCUUUCGUCAUAGUCUCAUACGCCAUCAAAACGCCGCUAUUGAUACCACGACCGACGCAGGGAGAAGAAGCUCUGGCAGGUAGAGAAAGAGGAGGACCAGGCUGUUCUGCUCAGUAGUAAGCAAUGGGUGCCGGAGGCAGGAUGGCAGUGUCCCAGGAGGGUAAGAAUAUCAAAUCUGAUGAUUCCGUUAAGCGUGUUCCGUAUGCCAAACCACCUUUCACGGUCGGUGAGAUCAAGAAAGCCAUCCCACCCCAUUGUUUCAAACGCUCUGUUCUCCGCUCGUUCUCCUAUGUUGUCUACGACCUCACGGUUGCCUUUCUCCUCUACUAUGUCGCAACACACUAUUUCCAUCUUCUCCCACAGCCUCUCUCAAACCUGGCCUGGCCGCUCUAUUGGAUCUGCCAAGGCUGUGUACUGACCGGAGUCUGGGUCAUCGCUCACGAAUGCGGCCACCAUGCGUUUAGUGACUACCAAUGGCUGGACGACACCGUUGGCCUUACCCUACAUUCCACUCUUCUCGUUCCUUACUUCUCUUGGAAGUACAGUCACAGGCGUCACCAUUCCAACACCGGAUCCCUUGAACGGGAUGAAGUUUUUGUGCCCAAACAGAAAUCUGAAAUAAAAUGGUACGCCAAAUAUCUUAACAACCCUCUGGGCAGAGCUUUCACGCUUAUUGCUCAGCUCACCCUUGGUUGGCCCCUAUACCUCAUGUUCAAUGUGUCGGGUAGACCCUAUCCACGUUUUGCGUGCCACUAUGACCCUUACAGCCCUAUAUAUUCACCCCGGGAGCGGGCCCAGAUUUUCCUUUCGGAUCUUGGUGUCUUUGCUGUUACCUUCGGACUGUACCGUCUUGUGGCAGCUAAAGGGCUGUCUUGGGUUCUCUGUGUGUAUGGGUGCCCGCUCAUGAUUGUGAACGGGUUCCUUGUUUUGAUCACUUUCUUGCAGCAUACUCACCCUUCAUUGCCCCAUUAUGAUUCAUCCGAGUGGGAUUGGUUGCGGGGUGCCCUCUCCACUGUUGACAGGGAUUACGGCAUUCUCAACAAGGUGUUUCAUAACAUCACAGAUACUCAUGUGGCACACCAUCUAUUUUCCACCAUGCCGCACUACCAUGCCAUGGAGGCCACAAAAGCUAUCAAACCGAUAUUGGGUGAGUACUACCAGUUUGACAGCACACCAGUCUUCAAGGCAAUGUUCAGAGAAGUGAAGGAGUGUGUUUAUGUUGAGCCAGACGAUGAAGGUGACAAGAAGAAGGGAGUUUUCUGGUACAAGAAUAAGCUUUAAUCAGUUUGUAUCCAAGCGAAAAUAUCGCAUGUAACGCUGCAGGUGCAGGUUGAUCAUGUACUUGAACUUUGGUUGUGUUUGAAUAAACUUUGAGAGUGCUUCAUUUGAAAAUGAACAAUAGAACUCCAAUGGUAUGUGUGGCCCCAUUCUGGUUUUGAACCGAAUGCUUCUCAUUCUCUAAAUGAGAUCACCCAAUAUUGAGAUUAGAACAUGUGUGUUUGGAUCUGGUUCAAUACUGGGUCUUGUCCAGUUCUUAAAACUGAUUCAACCCAGUUUUGUACCAUGUUCACAAAAUCAAGUAAUGGAGACUGAGUCAGUCUGAUCUGUUCCCAUUGUAACAAUUAAAUCUGUACUAGGGUUCAGCUGGCUCUAGUACAGUCCAAAUUCCGGUUGGGUGUUGAACCACCUGGUUUUGGUCCAGUCUCGACAAAACUAGAUCCACCCCUAAUCGAUUAUACUUUAUAAGUUACUCUCUUUUUAAAAAAAAUUGUGUAUAAAUAUGACUCAAUAAGUUACUCUCUUUCUAAAAAAAUUGUGGACAAGUAUGAUUCAAUAAGCUACAGAAUGGCAAAAAAG